AUGGAAAGGUAAAUACGGAUUUAAGCGUUACUGGUGAAAAAGAACUCCAUCCUAGACGGGAUGUGCUCGCUCACCCCCAACCACCCUGAGUUUGAAACGCGAAAACAGCUCGACCCUAACCUCCCCGACCCCCUUCGCCAGCUCCCAGCCAAAGUUCAUGCCUUGCUCGGUGUGGGGCAGAAGGGGGGGGGGUGACGGACGGGCUCAUCCCUGAGCAGCUGUGCGUCCCAGCUGUGGACUCCAUUUCCCAGGCUUCCUCCCUGCCCUAAUGUAUUCCGUUCUCAGGCCGGCUCUGUGCCUGUGUGUGUGGGAGAGAGAGAGAGAGAGUGUGUGUUUGAGAGCGAGAGCGAGCGUGAGUGUGUGUGAGUGAGAGAGAGAGAGAGAGCAGCUAGGAGUCCCUGGGAGAGUGGAGGCUCAUUCACUGAUUAGAGGCAGCUUCGAGAGGCAGCGCUGCGCUCUCCUUGGCUCCCAGCAGCCGUGUCAGGCUCCUGCUCACUCCCAUGCUGGCCGAAGGCGCUUGCACACACGCGCCGGGCUUAGCACGUCCGGCUCUCCUCCCCGCGCAGCAACAGACCAGGCUCUCGCUCUCCGCAGCCUGACAUUAAAGGGGGACGCCACCUCUCGAGGAAUUUCCACGGUGAGUAGCGGGAGAUCCCAGGGGUGCAUGCGAGGAAGCCAGGGGUGCAUGGUGCAUUGUUUGUGCGCGCGCGUGUUUGUGCCUAGACGUAUGUGUCGACCUAACUUUCCAACAGGGGAUCUCCGGGGUUUCGAUUCAGUUCUCUGCCCUCGUACUUUCCCCCUUUUCUUCUUCUUCUUCUUUUACUUCUCUUGCAAAUGCGGGCGCCGAUGUUUCGAAAAGUCAAACUUUCUGAACCAAGUUUGCCUCUCCAUUUUUUUCUCCACGCCCAGCUCCUCGGCGCAAAAAUUCCCACGGAAGAAGAUGCUCAUCGGGGUCCAGGGGUGGGGAUGCUGAAAAAGCGCGCACGCGGGGGGGGGGGGUUGGAAUCUUAAUGAGUGUGUUUUUUUAAAAAACAACAACAAAAAUCUGAUCAAUAUGGUGCCCCCUUCCCUUUUAAGGGUAGCUGUGUUCCCGGGACUCUCCUCCUCCUGCUGCUGUUUAUUUUACUGGGGAGGGGGUGGGAAGCAGGCGACACGGGGAGGGGGCUGGGUGGGAUCAGGUGCCGGGGGAAGAAGCCUGCAAAACGCAGCCGAAAACCGCGCGGCUCCAAUUAGCGCAAACAACAUUUAGUGUUAAAAAGGAGAAAGAGAAGAGCGGCGGUGGGGGGGGCGCGGGGGAGAGAGAAGCGAUCCCUGUGCAAGCCCGGGAGAUACUUCCCGGCUUUCCUUCGCGUGUCCCACGGUCUUUGGCUGAAAUAACGCAGUUUCCCCAAACAAUACCCAAGACUCGGGGUGGGGUGGGGUGGAGAGGACCUUCGUCGAAAGGGACAAGCCUGCUAGUCUCCCUCUGACACGACCUAGGUAGAUAAUAUUUUUUGCACAAAACUCAAAAUGUUUAAAAAUCCAGCAUUUGCCCUGUGCGUAGAAAGCACCGCAUAGAGUCAGGAUCGUCAUCCCCCCGUCAGCUUUCAGUUUUACUACGGAGCGGGCGCACAUGUGAACUUUGAGUAUUAGAUAUUACAUAACCGCAAUUAAGGCGUACUUUCCGCCUUUUUUCCCCUCCUCCUUUUGUCCCAAGUUCCUUUUCGCUGCCGCGAUGGUUGCGCACGUGAAAUGCUUGCAGUUUGGAGGAAAGGUUGAAGUUCGGACAAACAACUCUCCUUCCUUCAAAGAAAGUCCCUCUCCGCCUGCAUUUUUCUCUCCGAGAUGCAAAACAAUUUUUUAAAAAUUGGUCGUUAGUUGUAUGUUUGCAAUUAUUCUCCUGCAAUGAAUAGCAUAGCAAAAGCGAUGUUGUGUUGUAGGGUCAACACCGGUGCAAGCGAGCAAAUAGAGAACCCGGUUGGCGAGAGGAAGUGGAAGGAAAUUGGAAUAUGCAUGUUUAGCUGGGCUUCCUUAGCAAAACUUUCUUCACAUUUUCAGCCCGAAGCCGAGGAACGGCCAGCUUUUGAAAUGAAACAACAGCAGCCGCUGCUUGCAGCGCGGUAGGGAAGUCAGUACAGAGGUUGCAAGGAAGGGGAAAUAAUUCCUCACCUUGUAGAUCGAAAUACAUAAAAAACAUCUGCUUGGGCACAAUGAAAUCAUUAGGCAAUGUCCAGUUCAGGAGUUGCAUUGAAUGCUUUCGCCUUCCAGGCAGGAAACGUGCAGGGAAGGAAUUGUUGCAAUAAAUUCAAACAGCACGAGGCAUCCGCACAUUUGAUGAGCUUUGUUUAGUAUUUUAAAAAGAAAACGAGUCUUGAACAGACUGUAGAGAUUGGGGUGAAGUGAGAUAGAUCUCUGCUCCCACUCCACCCGCCCCGCACAUAUUUCCUGGAAGGAAGGAAAAUUUUGAUUCCUUUGCAAAGUUGCGAAACCGAUUUUGCACAGUUAUUAUUCUUAUAUAUUUUUUUCUUUUGUCGAUGCAGAGCAUUUGGCGGGGGUGUGCAGUGAAAAAAGUGACCAGGCGUGGCCGAGCGGGCGUAUUAGCGGGGAAUUAGUUUCCGAUUCCUGUAUCUCUCCAAUGCACUUUCUGAAAUCUGUACCCACUUUUUUCUUUUAUAUCCCCGAUGUGGAGAGGACAGUGUGUAUAUAAAACGUGGUUUGAAGUUGUAGUAAGCCGACCGAAUUCUUUUCGUGCUCAGUUUAGGUACCGGGAAAAAGACAAACACCUGUUUUGAUUUGCAACUGCAGAAAGUGGGAGAAGGGCGGGUUAAUGCUCCUCCUAUGAAAUUAAUUCUGCUUUUGCUGGAAAUUGGAGAUUUCUGGAACAGAACUUUAAGAUCCAAAUCGAUCAAGUAUUAUUUCUCUACCAGAAAACUUAAAAUAGUUUAAUUUUACAAUCCCCCCCCCCGACCGCUUAACUGGGGAAGCGUUGUGCGUCCAUCUCGUGCCCCUUUUUGGGUCGGGGCUGGAGGAUGAGAUGAAGGCCCCACAAUUUGCAGAUCAGAACCUCCUUACUUUGUGUUGUUUACCGAUGGCUAACAAACGCCUUUUGGCGGCUUCGACUUCUGCAAGUUAUUACUUUGCUUAACAAAAGAAGGAUGCAUUUUGCAGGGGUAGGGUGGAAAUCUAUUAUCUGUUUUAGUACCUUGGCCCGUCCCCGUACUUGAAUUUUAUUUUCCUUGUUAUUUUUUUGUUGUUGCAAAGCGCGGGGGGGGGGGGAGUCGCAAAGCGAAUUGGGGAGAGGCGAGGCGGCCCCUUUGUUGUUGCGCCAAGGGGCCCGAUUCACCAUCGGUUUCAUAAAAUGUGACUAGAUCUUCGUACUUUCCGAACUGGCAUUUUGGACGCCGAAAAGGCAGUGCCCUUAUUCCGCCUCGCCCCCUAUCCCGGCCACCGUCUCAUAAUCUAGUUUGGACACUCACAAUUCCAAAACCAUCCUGAUGUUUAGUGACAAGGAAUACAGACCUAUAGAUUUUCUUAAUUCAACACUGGGAUCUCCUGCUUGUUCUUGUCCUCAAUCUUGCAUUUGUUUUCAUUUAUUAGGAGGAAAUCCAGUUUAGUUUGAAUAGAUAAUCCAGUUGCACACUUUAAUUCCCCCCAACAGCUGGGAUAGUUUUGUUUUAUAUUAUCAGGAUUUUCUCAGUAGGAAUAAAUCUCCAAAUUCCUGUUUCUAAAAUUAUGUGAUUACAAAGUAACAAGAGCUCAAACCUGUAGUUUCCAACUCUCUGUUCUUUCCUAACAGCUUGAACUCUUAAAGAAAAAGUUAUUUCUUUCUCUCCGCAAACUGCAGGGAAUUUUUUUUUUAUUCCGUUAUUUUAUAUAUUGGAAUUGGAAAAUAGCAGGAGGAUCACAAAAAUGCAACCUGUUUUAGUAGUACGGGAUGUGUGGUUUGUAUGUUUUAAUUAAGAAUGGAAAAGUAAUUUUUUACACAGAAACUCUGCCUUUCUUUUCUGGGUUCUGUAUAUUAAUAUAAAAUUUAUAUUAAUUAGCAAAUGAGUUUUCCACCUGCAGCUUGUGACCAACUCUGUUUAUCCACUUGCAUGAUGGCUAGAAGGAUGCAUGGUGAAUUCUGCAUCAUCUUAGCCUCUCUUCAUUUUAGUAGUUCUCCUCUGGGGUAAUUAAAAAUAACAUUAUAAUAAUUAAUAAACAGAGGAACCAAAACCUAAGAUGUGCAUAACAUGUUAGAUUUUGUUCUAAGUUGUCGGUUUGUUUGUUUUUGUUAUGAAUAAAGGCUGAAGCUUUUAAUUGGGAUUCUCUUGGUCUUGCCGCUUCACUUUGCAUUUAAGUAAGCGGUGCAAAUGACGGGUGUUCUUGCAAGGAAUCAUGCUUAUCCAUAAAGCCAAGUGGUGAUUUUGAAAAUAUAAGUAAGCAAUUUUUAAAAAUUAUUAUUAUUAUUAUUAUUUGUGUGCUGAUCUAACUCGGAUACCCAGUGGACAGUUUAUGUAGCUUCAUAGAUUUAUUUCCACCCCCAUGGCCUCCUCCACUCCUUGUUUAGUUAAUUUAACAAAGACUUUUUGCAAUCUGUUUGGAGUUUGUCUGAUGCCAUGGAAAAGUAUCUGCUGAUUUAUUUGGUUGCUUUUCGAUUUCUGUCGCUAGACCGUCUUUUCUCUUCCUUUCAGCGAGGAUGUCAGCUGUUAUUACUUCCUAUUGAUCCCUUUGCAAAGUGAGAAGUGAACUAAAAUUAAUGUCAAUUCCACUGCUUGGAUCAAUAGCUGGAGUUAUUUUAAUCUGGAUUUGCACAGGGUGCUAAAUUAAAAAAAUCAGCAUAGAGGCAGAAAAGUAACAGUUACUUACUUUGGCUGUGCCCGCUCCCUUCCAGUCACCCAAAUGUUUCAUCAGGCUGGUUAUCCUGCAAUCCAUAUUUUUUUAAUUAAGCAGGUCAGUUAGUUUUCUUAUUUUGGGUUCCAUAUUUAAAAACCAAUGACAUUUUGACAUUGGGAGUGUAUUAUCUAUAGAUUUUCAUAAUGACUGGCCUUGCCGCAGCCUCAUCUGUACAUGCUCCUAAUGAUGGUGGUGAUAGGGGAUAAUCGUGUGGGGCAAAGAGAUGGUGGAAAAGAAGGUAAGAGACAAGGAGAAAAUGGGGGAGAAAAGGAUGCAGGAGGGUUUUUAAAAAAAAUAAACUUGGCUUGGUGCAAUAUCGUAAUAUGUUGAUUUAUUCUCUAUGUAAUGAAGUUUGCGAACGAAUAGGGUGAUUGGAGUGAUUCACAGUAUUCUACAAGGAGUGUCAAGUGUGGCUUCCAGAUUACUAAUUUAUGAAAUACAUUUAACGUAAUGAGGUGACAGUGGAAGUAAAAAUAGAAAAGCAGGCACAGAGGCAUUAGUAGUGUGCUCUCACCCCCCUCAUUUAUUUAAAUCCUAGAAAGGCUAUGGUUUUCCCUCAGUCCCAUGGGUCAAUUCAGAUAUUAAUAGUGUAUUUAUGUAUUUAUCUGGGUAGGGUGUUCCCCUCCCUUUAAAAAUAAUUGAAAAUGAGCAUUCAGGUCUCCUAGCCCCUGCUUCACCUUCACCUAUUAUUGCAGUUUUUUGUUUUAAAUUUGUUUGCUUGCUUUUCUGUGACAAAUCAGCUAUGCAGAAAACAGUGCAGAAGGUAACUCCGAAAGAAGGCCGACCAGAUUCUCCGUGGCAUCUUUCUGUCCAUGGCUAGUACUUGACGGAAAGUUAUUUAAAAUUUGGAAGCGACCAAAACUUUGUUAAUGUGAGAUCUAUAAUCUGGUGAUUUAGCCCUGAUCUGUAUCAGGAAGGGAGCCAAAUGAGGAAGAGGCGAGAUGAUGCCCUCUCAUCUUCACACUUAAUAACAGUCACUGAGCGUCUGGAUACAGAAUGGGAGAAAAGGAAAUGUUACUGCUGGACAGCAUGAAAGGCGCAGUCAGGAUUCCACAGAGUUUGUUAACCUAGCCUUGCUCAUUCACAGAAUACAAAAGCCACUCCAUUAGAAAAGAGACUCUUUCAGUAAGUUUUAUUUGCUAUGUCUGACCUUCUGGAUCUAACAGGCACAUUUUGUAACAGCUUUUUUAUUAUAUGAUUUUUUUGUGGCCUUUUGAGUGCCGCAAGGCUAGCACAUUGUUUUAAAGUAACAGUUCUCUUACAUUCAAGUGCAUUGUGGCAUUCUGAAUGGUUGGCAGUGGAAGCUUAAAAAGUGGAGGGGGGUGGAUUCUAGGUUGAAGAGGAGAGAACGUGCUUUUGAUUUCAACUCUAAAAAGGGUUAGAGGGAAAGUUAAUGUUAUUAUUUAUACUUACAUGUAAAUGUAAAUAUCUGUACUGAUACGUUGUGAGUGGGGAUAACAGGUUACUUAGAAUUUGUAAGUAAUUUCAAGGAAAAGCAAGCCUAGACGUUUUGUUAACAUUUUUCUCUAAAUGCUAAUGGCAUAUCCAGGACAGUUUACAAAUCUACUUAAGCAUGAGCGCAUUAGGAAGUAAAAUUACUGAUCCGUUUUGUGCUGUCCUCAACCUAAAAGGCAGAUGCUUGCAAGAGAUCAUAUGGCACUGGCUCCCAUUAUGAUUUUAAAUAUUGUCAGAGACGCCAAGCACUUUAUUGAUGAAGUUGCUGCUGUUUUCCUAAAAGCACACAAACACCACAUGGAACAAUUCAGAGAAAUGUAUAAGAGAGGCAUGUUUAUGCCCACAUGCACCAUUGAAUAUAAAGUGAAAUCUAUAACUUGUAUGUAUAUCUGCACAGGUAGAUAUUCACAUGGGCCUCUACAACACAAAACAGAUACGGUUUCUACAUUAUUUUUUUCUUAAUGGGCUGUGCAGAUAUAUGCAGAAAUGCUUGUUUGUAAAUUGUGAAUAACUUACCAGAUUUUUAAAAUAGUAAUUACUUUCUUUAAACAUAAUAACUUAAAAUUGCCACCACUGAUUUCCACAGUCCAAUUCCCCCCCCCCCCCCGGUAUUUUUGUCUGUAAGGAGUCAGGUCAUUUGCCUUUCAUUUGCUCAUUAAAGAUUGUUUUCAUCCCAUAUAGCCCUUAUUCAGAGCAUUCAGUCCCCACAAACCCACUCAUUCCUUAAUCUGAACAUGCACUAGUUUCUUGCCCUUCUUACAGCAGAAGGUGAGGUCAGAGCAAGAUGCACUACCUGCAUGAACCACAGAGUAGUGUUGGUGUGUGGAAAAGUGCCCCAUUUUAUCUACUUUUAGUGGGGAUCUUCUAUUGACUUCAAAGUUUGGUGCUAAAGCUGGUAGCAGGAGAAAGACUGAGAAAGACUUGUGCUGACACACCCUUAGAGGGAGUUAGAGACCCUUCUAGUUAUUUGUGAACUUUCCUGAAAGAGAACACAUGGAGGUUUGGUUCUUUGCUCAUACAAUUUUCUUGUUGCAUUCAUGAUAGGUAACUGUCCAGGACUGAAUGGCAAUUCACUAUUUCCUCCCCUUUUCCCUUCUUUUUCUCCACAGCUUUGGAACAGUGAUGAAGCCCCAGUGAGACCCCCCAACUCUACACCCAGACGUUGCUUUGUUUUCCAUCCAGGGAAGACCAUUUUCCUUGCGGCCCUGUCAAGGAAAGAGACUCCGAUGGACUUACACCGGGCAGCCUUCAAGAUGGAAAACUCCUCCUACCUUCCCAAUCCUCUGGCAUCUCCAGCCCUGAUGGUUCUCGCUUCUACCGCUGAAGCAAGCCGCGAUGCUUCCAUCCCUUGCCAGCAGCCAAGGCCCUUUGGUGUUCCAGUAUCGGUGGACAAGGAUGUGCACAUCCCGUUCACUAAUGGCUCCUAUACUUUUGCCUCUAUGUAUCACCGACAAGGUGGUGUGCCAGGAGCAUUCACCAACCGUGAUUUUCCACCUUCCUUGCUGCAUCUGCACCCCCAGUUUGCUCCCCCCAAUCUGGACUGCACCCCAAUCAGCAUGCUGAACCACAGUGGCGUUGGGGCCUUCCGUCCCUUUGCCUCCACUGAGGACAGGGAGAGUUACCAGUCAGCUUUUACACCUGCCAAGCGUCUGAAGAACUGCCAUGACACUGACUCUCCCCACCUUCGCUUCUCAGACGCUGAUGGCAAGGAGUAUGAGUUUGGAGCCCAGCUCCCAUCUGGCUCCCCCGGCUCCCUCAAAGUCGAUGACACGGGGAAAAAGAUCUUCGCUGUCUCUGGCCUCAUUUCGGACCGGGAGACCUCAUCCAGUCCCGAGGACCGAAAUGAUAGAUGUAAGUACCUCAACUUUGCUUAG